UCUCCCUCUCUCUCUCUCACUCGGAAACGCCAUUAUCGCUCCAGCAAAGAUCUCAAGUCCUCUCUCUCCCUCCCUCUCUCUCUGUCUCUCUCUCUCUGGACAAGUGUGUGGUAUUAAGAAAAGAAAACGGGUGGAAACAGUGCAAGAAACAGCGCAGGGAGUCGAAUAAUGCAGCGUUUCAGAUUGAAUCUACCAUUGUCUUUGCUCCUCCUCCCCCUUCUCGUCUCCUCCUUCCCUUCAAUCUUCUCAUUUGAUAUCAGAAGCACCCAACUUCGACUUCCCGAUAAUGUUCUGCCGUUUCCAGAGGAUGGUGAUGGAGAAAUGGUUCAAUGGGAGCAACCCGGGAGGCAUCUUCUUGCAGACGAAAAUGAGGCGAAUUCCUCCUUGAUUUUGGCAGCAAAGAGGACCCGAAGGAAAGACCCCCUCGACAGUUUUAAAAUCUACACCGGUGGAUGGAAUAUCAGCAACGAUCACUACUGGGCUUCAGUGGGUUUUACGGCCGCUCCCUUCUUUGUGAUUGCUGGUGCUUGGUUUGUCAUCUUUGGGAUAACCCUCUCCUUGAUUUGUCUCUGCUACUGCUGUUGCCGAAGAGAGCCUUAUGGUUACUCGAGAGCCGCCUAUGCCCUCUCGCUCAUCCUCCUCAUUUUUUUCACGAUUGCUGCAAUAGUUGGCUGCAUUGUUCUGUACACCGGGCAAGGGAAGUUCCAUGGGAGUACGACCGGCACUCUCAACUAUAUUGUCAAACAGGCUAACACAACUGCCGAGAACCUGCGGAAUGUGUCAGAUUAUCUCGAAUCUGCAAAGCGAAUGGGGGUUGAUUCAGUCUUUUUGCCAACCAAUGUCCAGAACAACAUAGAUAGUGUGAAGACAAAGAUUAAUUCCUCGGCUGCUACCCUUUCUAGCAAGACGAGUGAUAACUCGCAAAAGAUUCAGGAUGGCUUGGAUGCAAUGAGGCUUUCUCUUAUUAUUCUUGCCGCUGUUAUGCUCUUCUUGGCGUUUCUUGGAUUCUUGUUCUCUGUGUUUGGAUUGCAAUGCCUCGUGUAUACCUUGGUGAUCCUUGGGUGGUUUCUUGUAGCGGCAACAUUUAUUCUGUGCGGUGUAUUUCUGCUUCUCCACAAUGUGGUUUCAGAUACGUGUGUUUCGAUGGAUGAGUGGGUUCAGAACCCAACUGCACACACAGCAUUGGACGAUCUGAUUCCAUGCGUGGACAAUGCAACUGCCCAGGAAACACUUUUACGGACCAAGGACACAACAUAUCAGCUGAUCAAUGUGGUCAACGGGGUCAUCACGAAUAUCUCGAACCGGAACUUCCCACCCAUGGCUCGACCCUUGUACUACAAUCAGUCGGGGCCACUGGUUCCAAACCUUUGUAACCCUUUCAAUGCCGAUCUCACGGACCGUGCCUGUGCUUCAGGCGAAGUGGACUUCAAUAAUGCUACAGAGGUGUGGAAAAACUACAAAUGUGAGGUCUCAUCGGCUGGGAUCUGCACGACAACAGGACGCUUGACCCCAGAUAUCUACAACCAAACCACUGCAGCUGUGAAUGUGAGCUACGGGCUCUACCACUACGGACCAUUCCUUGUUGGCCUCCAGGACUGCAGUUUCCUGCGACAGACCUUUACCGGCAUCAGCAAUGACCACUGCCCAGGUCUCAGGAAGUACUCCAAGUGGAUCUACAUUGGUCUCGUGCUUGUCUCUGCGGCUGUGAUGCUUUCCCUGAUCUUCUGGGUCAUCUACGCUCGGGAGAGGAGGCAUCGGGUGUAUACAAAGCAGUUUGACCGACGGUCCCCACCUCAGGAUCUCAAUAAAGCCACAUGAGAGGCUGAGUCUCAGGUGCUUAGUAGCUAUUACAUAUCAUCGUAUAUUUGAGUAUUAGAUUCAUAUGGUUCUUUUGUUGUUAGGUGCGAUCUCAUUAUGAAUCUCCGACUUGAGUAUUAGAUUCUUAUAGUUCUUUUGUUGCUAGGUGUGAUCUCAUUAUGAAUCUCCGAUCGAAAUGUUGUUGUAGCAUACGUAACUUAAAUAUAUCUACAGUUCCGAGAAGAACUUUGGUGAGUUGUACAGUAUGAAACCUUGAAUCAAGUUUGUAUGUGAAGAUGGCUACGAGUGGAAGUGCGUAUAAAGUUCAAAAUGAAAUAUCAUGUG